UCUCUACUGGCGUGAGGCCGAGCUUUGGUCGGGACGAUAUAAAAGAGGGCCGAGACCGGACUUUUCUCUCUAUUCAGCGACAGCGAUUGGCCACAAAAAGCUCCGAACACCCCCCGCCCCCUCUCCCCUCUCUCUCACUGACGGACUGAAGCGCUCGGCCAAAAGCAAAAGCCUCAUUCAUGGCGGUCUCGGGGUGCUCGCGCCGCUCUGAGCUCGGCUGACGCCGGCUUAGGGUUUCUCCCGAUUUCGCGAACACGCUUACCGUGUUCUAUUUUUCCUGGUUGGUUUGGAAGUGUUGGUCCGUCUAAUCCGUGGAAUGCGUGUGAUUUUGUGUGGAGUAUGGUGUGGAUUUGAGUUCUAGGGCAAUGAUGGAGUGUGUACCGCUGAUUGAGGAGAGGAGGAGCUUCUUGAGGACGCGUAAGUUGCGUUGCUACUGCGGUUUAGGGCUUAGGAUUGUGACAGCUACAGCAGAGUGUUUCGCUGAGUUGAAAUUUUGUGCGGUUUAAAUUGGUAUUAUAUGUAUAGUAUCUAUGUCAGACAUGAAGCUUUCAACAUCAGGACUGGGUCAGCAGGCUCUUGAAGGCGAGAAGAAGUGUUUAAAUUCGGAGCUAUGGCACGCAUGCGCUGGCCCUCUCGUGUCCCUACCGUCCGUCGGCAGUCGUGUGGUUUACUUCCCUCAGGGUCACAGUGAACAGGUUGCAGCCACAACCAACAAAGAAGUUGAUGCGCAGAUACCCAAUUACCCAAGCUUACCGCCCCAGUUGAUCUGCCAACUUCACAAUGUUACAAUGCAUGCAGAUGUAGAAACGGAUGAAGUGUAUGCUCAAAUGACCUUGCAGCCCUUGACUCCGCAAGAACAGAAGGAAACAUAUGUUCCUGUUGACCUGGGAAUUCCAAGCAAGCAGCCAACAAAUUAUUUCUGCAAGACAUUAACAGCAAGUGAUACUAGUACGCAUGGGGGGUUCUCUGUUCCUCGACGAGCUGCAGAAAAAGUUUUUCCCCCUUUGGAUUUUACUCAGCAGCCACCUGCUCAGGAGCUUAUUGCUAGGGAUCUCCAUGAUGUUGAGUGGAAGUUCAGGCAUAUUUUCAGAGGACAGCCUAAACGGCAUCUUCUUACUACAGGGUGGAGUGUGUUUGUGAGUGCCAAGAGACUUGUUGCUGGAGAUUCUGUCCUUUUUAUUUGGAAUGAGAAAAAUCAACUCCUUUUGGGAAUCCGACGUGCUAUUCGACCGCAAACUGUGAUGCCAUCAUCUGUUUUAUCUAGUGAUAGCAUGCACAUUGGACUACUUGCUGCUGCUGCUCAUGCUGCUUCUACUAAUAGCUGUUUCACAAUUUUCUAUAACCCAAGGGCUAGUCCAUCUGAAUUUGUCAUUCCCUUUUCAAAAUAUGUCAAGGCGGUGUAUCAUACCCGUGUUUCUAUUGGGAUGCGCUUCCGGAUGCUUUUUGAAACUGAAGAAUCAAGCGUUCGCAGAUACAUGGGUACAAUAACUGGCAUAGGUGACCUAGAUCCUACUCGUUGGCCAAAUUCUCAUUGGCGAUCUGUCAAGGUUGGCUGGGAUGAGUCAACUGCAGGUGAGAGGCAGCCACGUGUAUCAUUAUGGGAAAUUGAGCCUUUGACUACCUUUCCCAUAUAUCCAUCACUCUUUCCUCUCCGACUGAAACGCCCUUGGUAUCCUGGUGCCUUGUCUUUUCAAGAUAGCCGAGAGGCAGUUAGCAGCAUGGCAUGGUUAAGAGGAGAAACUGCAGAGCAAGGACUUCAUUCUCUUAAUUUUCAGAAUGUUGGUAUGUCUCCAUGGACCCAGCAGAGACUGGACACAAACUUUGUCACAAAUGAUCUUAAUCAGCAGUACCAAACCAUGUUAGCAGCUGGUUUGCAGAAUAUAGGUGGUGGAGAUUCUAUGAAACAGCAAUUUUUGCAGUUGCAGCAAUCUUUUCCAUAUCUUCAACAUCCAGGUAGCCAAAAUCAAAUGUUACAGCAGCAGCAAGUUAUUCAGCCAUCGAUUCCCUCGCAUAUUCUGCAAGCACAAACCCAAAUGCUAUCAGAGAAUCUGCCCCUGCAUAUGCAGCAGCAAGUUAAUAGCUUACCAGAGGAACAGCGACAGCAACAUCAUUAUCAGGCUUCAUAUCUGGUUCAAAGUGAUCAGCUCCAGCAGAGGCAGCAAUCUAACAGUCCAUCUUUUUCAAAAACAGAAUUCACAGAUCUAAGCACUAAGUUUUCAACAUCUGCUGCUCCUUCCGUACAGAACAUGCUGGGUUCACUGAGUCCUGAUGGGAGUAGCAGCAUUUUCAAUUUCUCAAGAGCUGGGCAGUCCAUUCUUGGCGAGCCAUCCCAACAACCAUGGUUAUCAAAAUUUACACGUUCACAGGUCAGCACUUCUACUGACACUGUGUCACUUCCGCAGUAUCCUGGUAAAGAUGUGGAGCGGGAAAAUUGUAGCUUGGACACCCAGAAUCAUGCUCUUUUUGGUGCUAAUAUUGACUCUGGACUAUUACUCCCCACUACACUCCCCAGUAUUGGGGUUUCCUCAGUUAAUGCUGACAUGUCCUCGCCAUUAGGUGCUUCUGGGUUUCAGAGUGCUACAUAUGGUUGCAUGCAAGACACUUCUGAGUUGUUGCACAGUGCAGCACAAAUUGACCCACCAACCCCAUCCCGGACAUUUGUUAAGGUCUACAAAUCCGGGUCAGUUGGGAGGUCCCUGGAUAUCACUCGGUUCAACAGCUAUCAUGAGCUGCGAGAGGAGCUGGGUCAGAUGUUUGGGAUUGAGGGUUUGCUAGAAGACCCUCGGAGAUCAGGCUGGCAGCUUGUAUUCGUCGACAGGGAGAAUGAUGUUCUUCUCCUUGGGGACGACCCAUGGGAGGCAUUUGUAAACAAUGUCUGGUACAUCAAGAUACUUUCACCAGAGGAUGUAUUGAAACUCGGGAAGCAAGAAGUUGAAUCAUUCAGCCACAAUGCUGCUGAAAGGAUGAAUUCUGGUGUGAAUGAUGUUGGAGACCUGGUAUCUGGACUACCCUCUGCAGGCUCACUCGAAUACUGAGAAAGGCCAAGCAUGGAAUGCAAUAUCCAAAGAUGGUUUUGUUACAAAGAGCCAUUGCUUUUUACUGUGGAGGGUACUUAUUUUGACUUGAGCAAGUGGUAGGUCUCGGCCACAUGCAUUAGCUCUUAUGUUACAUGGUUGUUUUACCAAAUUCUUGAGUUUCAUGGGUUAUAUAUAUGUAAUGUUAGACAUAGAUUGAAAUGGUAGAGCAUGAGGAACAAUACAGCCAAUCUAGACUUUAGCUCUCAGACCAAUCUGUUGAAUGCCAUUAUGAAUGUACUGCAAGUCAGACGGGGAACUGUAUCUCUUAUUAUUCUGCUCUUAUUGGAAACUUGUAUCAUGCAUACCUGUGAGCCUCUGUUCUGUAACUUUAGUUUAUGUCUGGCUGGGUGUAGUUAUAUAUAUAUAUAUAAUAUAUAU